AGGCAGGCAGUAGUGUUCAGUGUUUGGGGGAGAGUUGGAGGUGGAUGACUUUCACACACUGACUGGCUGCAGAGAUCUGAGGAAGACCAACUGGGAUAAAACCAGGAUAAACUAAAGCUAACGGUGGGAUAGACGUGGGCUAGACCAGGCUAAACCAGGCUAAACCAGGCUACAACCAAGUCAAAGAAACAAGCAGGAUCUUAUCCAUAUAGCUUGAGGGUUGUGGAUCUAUAACCACAGAAGAGCCGUUACAGAACUACCCACCACCAACGGACCAAGCAGCGUGGUAAGGAGGAGCAGAGGGUUCGGGACUCCUGGACUUGGGAGGAGAUAUUAGACGAUGAAAGUGGGUGGUGGGCCUCCACCCCCUUCCCUGUGUGCGUGGGUGGUGCUGCUUAUUUUGGUGGAGUCAGGUGAACCCUACCGGACCCCAUACGACCAGGAACAAGGCCAGAACAGAGACAGGGACAGAGAGAGUACAGACUCCAGGACUGACACCAGGGACUACCACAGAGAUGCCAGGCCAGACACCAGGACAGACACCAGGGACUACCACAGAGAUGCCAGGCCAGACACCUGGGACUACCACAGAGAUGCCAGCGAGGUGAGGGGUAAAGAGUGUCAGCGGUGCUGUGACCCCGGAGAGGAGGUCCGUACUCAGUCUGCCAACCCCCAGUACCCACAACACUACCCACAGUACCAGGCGGUGCCACAGAUCAACAUAACCAUCCUGAAAGGUGAGAAGGGGGGCAGCGGCCAGCGAGGGCCCUACGGUAAAUCUGGCAAGUCCGGCCAGUCCGGCCCUCGUGGGCCCAAUGGCAUCAAGGGCACCAAGGGGAGCAUAGGGACCCCGGGGGACCCCUGCAAGGUCCAGUAUGCUGCCUUCUCCGUGGGCCGCAAGAAGGCCAUCCACUCCAACGACUACUACCAGACCUUAGUGUUCGACACUGAGCUCGUCAACCUCUACGGACACUUCAACAUGUUCACCGGCAAGUUCUACUGCUACGUGCCAGGAAUCUACUACUUCAGCCUGAACGUGCACACGUGGAACCAGAAGGAGACGUAUGUGCACGUGAUGCAUAAUGAGAGGGAGGUGGUGAUCCUGUACGCCCAGUCUAGUGACCGGAGUAUCAUGCAGAGCCAGAGCUUGAUGCUAGAGCUGGAGAGAGAGGACCAGGUGUGGGUCCGGCUGUUCAAAGGAGAGAGGGAGAACGCCAUCUUCAGCGAUGACUUUGAUACCUACAUCACCUUCAAUGGACACCUUAUCAAGCCCAAGAGCGAGGGGUAGGGGGAAGGGGUCGGUUGGGGCUGUGUCCCAAAUGGCACCCUAUUAGCUGUAUAGUCCACUACAUAGGGAACGGGAUCCCACUUGGGACGCAUUCUAAGGGGGUUGUGGGCUUGUAUGAUGGACCAGUGUGCCGCGAGAAGGAGACCAAAAUCUGAAGAAGAUUGGUUCCCAGUUCAUAGAAGAAUAUCUUAACUUUCUUUUUGUGUCUUUUUAUGUGUGUUAUUAUUGUAUUUUAAUCCAGAUACCAAGAGAGACAUUGACUUACUUUGAGAAGUAAACCAAGCCACUUGUUAAUUUGACAAAAACAUGUUGCACACACAGCCUGAUGAAGAUUGAUGAUCGGUUGGAGGUUUUGUCAGGAAAUCAAUUCAAGAUGGCCACUGUUCAAGAUGGCCACUGUUCAAGAUGGCCACUGUUCAAGAUGGCCACUGUUCAAGAUGGCCACAAUUCAAGAUGGCCACUGUUCAAGAUGGCCACAAUUCAAGAUGGCCACUGUUCAAGAUGGCCACUGUUCAAGAUGGCCACUGUUCAAGAUGGCCACAAUUCAAGAUGGCCACUGUUCAAGAUGGCCACUGUUCAAGAUGGCCACUGUUCAAGAUGGCCACAAUUCAAGAUGGCCACUGUUCAAGAUGGCCACUGUUCAAGAUGGCCACAAUUCAAGAUGGCCACUGUUCAAGAUGGCCACAAUUCAAGAUGGCCACAAUUCAAGAUGGCCACUGUUCAAGAUGGCCACUGUUCAAGAUGGCCACUGUUCAAGAUGGCCACUGUUCAAGAUGGCCACUGUUCAAGAUGGCCACUGUUCAAGAUGGCCACAAUUCAAGAUGGCCACUGUUCAAGAUGGCCACAAUUCAAGAUGGCCACAAUUCAAGAUGGCCACUGUUCAAGAUGGCCACUGUUCAAGAUGGCCACUGUUCAAGAUGGCCACUGUUCAAGAUGGCCACUGUUCAAGAUGGCCACUGUUCAAGAUGGCCACUGUUCAAGAUGGCCACUGUUCAAGGUGGCCACUGUUCAAGAUGGCCACAACAACCCAUAGCACCCGGGAAGUAGUGGUGCUGCAGCACCCCCGGAUAAAUAAAACAAUAUAAUAUAAAUAAAAUUAAAUAAAAAAUUGAAUGAUGAGCACUCUAGGCCAUUAUUUAUGCUGAGAGGAGAAAAAUACUUGUCAACAGAGCGGAGAAAAAUUAUCCUCAGGGUAGGGACGUCCCAAGGAGCCCACUAACCAUGUUCUAAGUGCCUUGAUUGCGUGAAGCAUCAUCUUGCAGCCAUACCAUUCUUACAGCACUGCUUUCAAUUUUGGCCAGUAAAUCAAAAAAAUGCCACAUUGACUCCCUGCAACACUUAGGCUGCAUCCCAAACGGCACCACAUUCCCUAUUUAGACACAUAAGGUUCUGGUAAAAAAAAAAUGGUGCACUAAAUACGGAAUACCGGUAUGGUGCUAUUUGGGACGCAGACCCUUUAUGAACCACGUAUGUUGUGUGAUGCAAAGUAUUAUGAUUCAUAUCAACUUUGCACCCAGAUAAACUGUAUGUGUUAAGAGCACUCCUCUGUCACGGUCCUCGUAAACAGGAGACCAAGGCACAGCUUGAUUGGAAUACAGUCUUCUUUUAUUAAAACAAAGAACACUUAAACAAACUAACUUGACACUAUAAACUAGUGCUGACAUGCAACUACACAUAAACAAUAACCCACAAAAUACCCAAAGACUAUGGCUACAUGAAUAUGGUCCCCAAUCAGAGACAAUGAUAAACAGCUGCCUCUGAUUGGGGACCAAUCUAGGCAACCAUAGACAUAUAAACAGCUAGAUAUACAAAAACCCAUGAUAUACAAAAAACCCUAGACAUACAAAAACCCCUAGACAAUACAUAAACUACACAUACCUCCCUCGUCACACACUGGCCUAACCACAAUAAUAAAGAAAACAAAGAUAACUAAGGUCAGGGCGUGACAUCACAGCUUUCAGAUGUAGAGACAGAUCAUAUUUGUUUGAGUUAGACAUAGAUGAGACAUAUUACACUGUAAACACAUCCAUUUAAAUGUCAAUAUAUCUUUAUUGUCAAUUUUAACUCAAUAGAUCUUUAUUGUCCCCAGUGUAAAACAGUUGUAUACAUAGAUAUCAUAAAACAUACAUACAAUGACAAUGACCUAGACUAGAUGAAGUAACAGGACCUGGACUAGAUAAAGCAACAGGACCUGGACUAGAUAGAGUAACAGGACCUGGACUAGAUAAAGUAACAGGACCUGGACUAGAUAAAGUAACAGGACAUGGACUAGAUA